UUUAACUAUCAUGGCGGACGAAAGUUAGUCUUAGAAAACGGGCACCUGUCAAUUUGAUCUAAUAUUAAUUAUUGUACCCUCGUUGGAUCCUGUGCUUGUGCUAUUAAUAUGAACGGCCUAUCACCACCACCAGGCAUCUUCUGGAAACAGUUAGGUCAAGCAGUAUUUGUAUGUACUGGUGGGACUUUGACUUUCUUUGGUAUAUCACUGUACAAUGGCAGUGAGAAGUUUUACCGCCAGAUGGCUAUGCCAGCACUGCAGUGGCUUGGAGCAGAGCGGGCCCACAACUUAGCUGUCAUCGCUGCCAAGUACAAGAUGGUCCCAAAACCUACACUUGCAGAUUCACCCAAUCUGAAAACCCAGGUGUGGGGCCUGGAAUUCAGCAACCCUGUUGGCCUGGCUGCAGGCUUCGACAAGCAUGGCGAGGCAGUGGAGGGGCUCAUGAAGGUUGGCUUUGGCUUUGUGGAAGUCGGCAGCAUCACACCUGAACCUCAGCCGGGUAAUCCCAAGCCACGAGUCUUCAGGUUGAAGAAAGAUAAAGCUGUCAUUAACAGAUAUGGCUUCAACAGUGACGGCCAUGAGUCUGUGUACCAGAGGCUGCAUCCAAGGGCAACCCCCACACCAGAGCCAUGUUCACUGCCUCGAAUGAGUGAGCAAAGAAACAUGUUGAAUGUAAAUCUGUGGACUGACACAUCGUGUGCACACAGUGCUGACAACAAUAAGAACAAUGUCGAGCGUAAAGGUGUGCUUGGUGUGAACCUGGGCAAAAACAAGACAUCAACAGAUUCAGGGCAGGACUAUGUGAGAGGUGUGAAGAAGUUCGGCUGUGUGGCUGAUUACCUAGUCAUCAACGUGUCCAGCCCAAACACACCUGGCUUGCGAAGUCUGCAGGGUCGGCAGCAGCUGGAGGACCUCCUAGAUAAAGUGGUGACUGCACGGGAUGAGCUGAGAGGGAGUCAUAAGCCGCCCCUGCUUGUGAAGAUAGCGCCCGACCUCACUGACCAGGACAAGCAGGAUAUUGCAGCAGUUGUCUCCAAGAAGAAGUGUGGUGUUGAUGGUCUGAUUGUAACAAACACAACUGUGUCCCGUCCCCCAAGUCUUAUGAGUGAUGACAAGGCUGAGAUAGGUGGAUUGAGUGGAGAGCCCCUGAAAACCCUGUCAACUGCCACAGUCAGAGACAUGUACAGACUAACCCAAGGUAAGAUUCCUAUCAUCGGUGUUGGCGGGAUAAGCUCUGGUGUAGAUGCCUAUGAGAAGAUCCGUGCUGGCGCGAGUCUGGUGCAGCUGUACACAGCCCUGGUCUACCAGGGGCCUCCUGUUGUCAGCCGCAUCAAGAGGGAGCUCCAGGAACUCCUGCAGUCUGAUGGCUACUCCAACAUAUCCCAGGCUGUGGGAGCUGACCACAGGGAAAAGUGAGUGACCACCCAGGCAUGUACAAUCAUACACGUGACAGCUCCCAUGAAGGAGAAGACACACUGUGGCAGCUUUGGUGAAGGUCUAGGAGUGGUGGCAAACUGACAAAUGAUGUGGCUGAUGUAUGUGUAACUCUACACAUAGCUGGUUUAUGUAGAAACGAGACAGCUGUAGUCUUUAUCAAGUACCAUUUUCAGAGGAGUGUUUUGCUGCCUUGUCAUGUUUAAAGAUACUCAGGAAUGCCAUGACUGAUCACCUUGCCAACAUUGGUUGGCAUAUCUACAACUGUGACCUUUGCUUUUGAUAACUGUGUUUACAUAUGUCCGAAAAUGUUAGAGCCAGAGGUGUAAAUACACAUAAACAUAAAAUUAGAAUUAAAAUCUCAUCAAAACAUUUUCAGACAGAUGAAAUGAGAAAUGAGAAAGUGUCAGCCGUCUUACCCAUGUACCACUCUAUUUUAUCUCUGUUGAAAUAUGGAUUUUGAUACUGUAGUUUUAUCUGCAAUGGGUUUGUGCCAAAAACUAACAUAAACGAAGUGUUUAGAUCUGCUC